CGGUGUGGGCUGUGCGCGGCGCCGCGAGAGAGUAAAUCACCGGCCGGACCGAGGGAUCCCCGGAGUCCCGCGAUCGCGCGGCGUGUCGCCGUCAACGCGGUGGCCCCCCCCCCUCUUUUUUCCCCUCUUUCCAGGAUCCCCCGGGGUACGCACGUUAACGCGUUAUCACAUGGGGGAGGACGACGGCCCAGCGAGAGUGUUGUCAACGAUCAAUAGUGUCACGAAAAUGACUUGGUGACUCAUAUAUGCCGGGAGUUUCGCGCGAACCAUGGUGUCCGGGGACGAGAGGCUGUUGCCCGAGCCCGAGAGCUACGCCAAGUGUUUUUACGACCUCUUCAAAAAUGUCGCCGAGGCGCAGAGGAAUAAGGGAGAAUGGAGGAAGUGUAAGAAAAGUAAAACUAUUCGCAAACGAGACAAGAAAAAGAUUGAAUUAAAUGGAGAAUUGAACUAUAAUAGUCCACCGGAGAUAGAAACAUCUUGUAAUGCCUCAGCAUUCGCUGUGUUUGCUAGCGUGAGAAAUGGUAUUUUAGAAAAACAUGCGAAACUGUCGAGUGAGAUUUAUAGGGCAUCAAAUUGUAACUCUCCACCACCAGAUCUUAGCGACACUAUAGAUACGGAAAGCGAUGAUGAGGAUAGGAUAUCAACUAUACAGAAUUUACCAAAGAUUGUAGGUAUUGGUUUAAGAAGUGUUUUUACAUUGAUGCGAGAGAGUAGAACGAUCGAUCCAAUUUUAUGUACAAAAGCACUGUCGGCUUUAUUGGAUGUUUUACAAGGGCAACUACCAGAAGGCCUCAAAACCGAACCAGAUGACGUUAUUGAUCCAUUAUUUGAUCUGUUGCUGGAUCUUGCAACUUCUCACGGUCCUGAGUCAGCCGCUGCCAAUGAUGGCAGUCACUUGACAGCAGUCGCUUGUGCUUGUUUAUUGAGUCUCGUUGUAGUGAGAGGAGAUACUGGCCGGCUAUUGGCGGCAAUAGCGGCUCUGCUUAUGUCUCCUAGAGCGCUAGCAAUACAAAAUAUUCAGAUGCCAUGUGUGUUAACGUCUCUGCAGAGAAGUGUUCAUGCUGUGUUGUUAGGCAAACUCGUGAGACCAGAUUGGAUUACAUAUGGCGUUCCUAAAUGUUCCAAGAUAUAUACCUCUAUGCUUAAGUUACCAAAUGAGAUGAACAAUAUGGUGUUGAAUGAACGUAGUUUUGUAAGCGAUGGAAAGUAUUUAUAUCUGCAUACAUCCCGUGGCUUACUAAAAAUUGGAAGUGGCCACAGUGGUACGAUAUGGGGACAUGUAUACAUACAUAAAGCAGAUUUCUAUCCGACGGAAAUAGGAUGGCUCGGUUAUGCUAAUAAUUCGUUAUAUUUUAAAUGCGCACCUAGAAAGCAGAGUGAGUUAUUAAUUAUCGACGCAGAAACGCUUAUAGUAACAGGAAUUGCCGUGCUGGAAGGAAAAGAUUGGUCAUCCUCCGUCAUGUUUUCUGAUGGUGAAAAUUUAGGAAUGAUAACCGCUGGCAAAGAUGAGGGUUUCGUAGUACGUACGAUAAAUACGCUGAGCAAUCCUGUGACAGUUGCCUCUGAGCUACCACUGAAAUUGGCAAGGAAAUGCGUAGAUAUAUUUGGAUAUGCAACAUUUGAUGAAGAACAAGCGAUACAUACUUUAAAUCCAGGAUGCGACGAUGAAAUUGCAAUGGUUACAGCAGGAAAGGAAUUUGGCUUACUUAAAACAGUGUCUGGAAAAUUAUUAUAUAGCGGGAAAGGAACUUGCCUAGGCAUGAAGAGCAACACCAGGCCUAACAGGUGGUUGGAACUUACCUUUGGUAAAGGUCCAAGGAUCACGCAUUUCGCGGCAGGUCACGAUGGUCAGCAUGUCGUUAUGGUCAUGGAGGAUGGCUCUGUACUAUUCGCCGGCACUGCUAGACGCGGAGAAGACGGAGACAGUAACAAAGCUCGUCGACAACCAAAACCAGUAAAACCAAAGAAAAUGGCAAAAGUGGAAGGUCAGUUUGUCGUUGACGCUGCUUGUAACAACGGAUCUACUGCUUUAGUCACGAAGGAUGGCUCUUUACUAAUGUUCGGUAAAGAUACGCUGCACAGCGAUCCAGUGACAGGGUUAGUUACCGAUUUAAGGGACGUGUGUAUAGUUCGCGUGUCGUUAGGGAAGGCUCAUGCCGCCGCGUUAACUAACAAGGGACACCUAUAUACGUUUGGUAUAAAUAAUAAGGGACAGUGCGGUCGUGAUUCGACGAUGGUGCAUACCGUGAAUAAAGAAAUGUCGGUUGUCGCGAUGGAGAUGGGUAUGGGGGAGGACGAGUUGAUUAUAGCCGAAGAGGAGAGUAUGGAUCCCGCGGAGGAUUGGGAGGAGACGAGAGGGAUGUGCCCGCCGGGGCAGCAUCAGUGGAGGCAUCGCGUUUGCAUGGUCUGCACGAUAUGCAGGGAAUGCACCGGUUACAGCAUAUCAUGCCUGAGCAGUAUACGUCCCGAUCGGAAUCCCGGUCAGGAAUGUGGAUGCGGCGAGGGAGACAGCGGAUGCGCGGAAUGCGGAUGCUGUCGUACGUGCGCGAGAAAGAGCUGCAGCAACGGCAUAUCGGGCUCCAACUUUCGAGAGUAUCUGCAGAGACGACUGGGUGAGAUAAAGCAGCGACAGAGAAGCAAAGCGGGACCGAGCACUAUCAAGUAUGGAGUGAAAAUCAAGGGAUCGAAUAAUCAGCGCGUAGCCGGCCCCAGUAUCGUGCAAAAGGGAUUUCCGGAGAAAGUGGCAUUGGGCCUGGGAGUUAAUCUCACGGUCGAGGAAGGCGUCGGCGGUAGCGACGUGGAGCGAGGGGACGCGGCGAGAAUUGCCAGUAUAUCACCGGCCAGAGUUCCCGUUCCCAGCGACAGUCCUGUGAUCCAGGUGUCCUGCGGUUUGCAUCACACGGUGCUGCUCUUGCAAAACGGGGAGGUGUACACGUUUGGUAGUAACAUAUACGGUCAGUUAGGCGUCGGAGAUUUGGUGGCACACGCAGGACCGAUUCAAGUUAAAUUGCCAACUAUUGCUACUCAAGUGGCCGCUGGGAGCAAUCAUACCGUUAUACUCACAUCAAAGGGCGAAGUUUACACGUUCGGUGCAUAUCAAAAGGGACAACUUGGUAUGAAUUGGUGGAACGGUCAGAACGAAUCUACAAACGCCACUUCUCAGGCGAAUCGUCGCACCGACCGCUCCCAGCCGUGGCACAGCUUUCCAAACGUGGUACCGAAUAUCGGUCCUCGAUGGGGCAGACGAGCAACGUGGAUCGGCGCCGCUGGAGAUCAAACUUACGUUAAAAUAGACGAAAUAAAUUCGAUUAGUUUGACGAGAAGUACCGUUAUGGCGAAUAAAAAUUGCAUCAUCUUGAUACCCCAUCAGAACGAGCACGCGAAUUCUUUCAAGAGUCUGGUGAUAAGCAAGCGCGAUGGAACGUGCAACAGCUAUAGCGGCGUGGAUCAGGUUGAUUUCAGUAACUGCGCGGCAUGCUUGGAUCCUUUGUACAACGUCAUUUGGACUUUCAAUUCGGCGAAUAACGAAAUAAGCUUAUAUAAUAUAAUAUCGACGGAAGCCAGGGUAAUACCUGGCUUGGAAGCUUCCAUGCUCAAUCCAGGUUUGGCGCUUCCGGUCGUUCCGACUUGUUUCGUGACGCGUUCCCAAGCCGCAAUGCAUUUAUUAGCUUGUUUGGACACGUUGACGCAGGCUCAAGACGAAAACUUGUCGAUAGUUGAAGAAAGUGAAUGUAAUCAAUCGAUGCACGGCAAGGUUUACAGCCGCGAGGACUACGCCACCGUUAGCAGAUUCGAGAGCCACGGAGGUGGAUGGGGUUACUCCGCUCAUUCGAUCGAGGCAAUUAGAUUUAUGCCUGACACAGACAUUAUAUUGGGAGGCUACGGUUUGUUUGGCGGCCGCGGUGAAUACACCGCGAAGAUCAAGCUGUUUGACAUCGGGAUUGACGGUGGGGACGAGAACGACGGCGAACUUCUCGCGGAGACGGAAGAGAUUCCGUACGAGUGCGGUCCAAGGCAGAAGUAUUCGGUGUUAUUCGACGAACCUGUAUCCCUGCAAGCGAACAGGUGGUACGUGGCGUGGGCUAAAGUCGGCGGACCUUCCAGCGAUUGCGGUUCCGGUGGACAAGGAAUGGUCACGGCGGAAGAUCAAGUCGUGUUUUAUUUCAAAUCUUCCAAAAGAUCCAACAACGGCACCGACGUCAACGCCGGACAGAUCCCGCAGUUAUUGUACCGCGUUGUCACGCCGGAGAAUCAGACGUCAAACAGGCAGAGAGACCAGAUCGAACCUGUCUACGUCCUGAAGAGGGAGUUCAGUAGGACCGUCACGAAGGAGUGCUUUCAAUCGUUAAUAUCUCUCCUUCAGUGGAGUUGGAACACAUUGAAAGCGACGUUGGCCGAUAUGGCUGUUCAUAUCGCGUCAUCGACCCACGCGAUGCUCGAAAUGGAACGAUUAGUGUACAUAAGCAAAGCCAGUUUAAGACUGCUCAGAACGUAUACCAAUGAAAUUUAUCCCAGCCACGUCGUUAAGAAAACCCCUCCCGAGUCGGUGCGUUUGGCGGAAUGUAUAGGCGAAGUGCGGGCAUUAUUGCGUCAAAUUUUAUCCGAUUCUCUACCGAUUACUCUGAAGAGUAAGGGAAAGACGCGAUCUAACAAGAGUUCUAGCAGCACCUUGGGAAAUAAAAUGACAAACAGCAUAUUGGACGAAUGUCACAAGACGUUUGUGGCCUGCUACCAUGCGUUUUAUCCUACCGCGUAUCUUAAAUGGACCUCCUUAUGCGAGCUGUUAUCGGAUAUCGAUAAGGAGCAAGGUACAACCACGAAAGACCGCCUUCUCUCGGCCGUGCUGGCUUCUUUGUGCAACUCGGCGAUUCGGCUUAGAUGUACGUUUCCAAUCUUGAGCAAUAUCAUGGACAACAGCGACAGCAUAAAGCGGCAGCUCAGCCCAUCCGACAAUGCCGGUCUGCUUAUGAUGAAUUCCACGGAGAGUCAUCAGUAUCCGAUUUUGGUUGAGCAAAUCAGCUACAAAUCCCAAGUGGAAAGCUCCGGCAAGGAGAUUUUGAAUUGGUCGUUCCGCGAAGUGCUCGACAGAUUGCUGGAUCUGAUAUUGAUACCGGUCAAAAGGAGCCUUUGCAGAGAGAAGAGCCAGUCUCUGCCAGAAUUGGUUCUUCAUUGCUGUUAUCUGUUAGCGCGAGUUAUCGCCGAAUUGGCGGCGCAGUCGAGCGGAAAUGAGGACGAAUUGCAAGCGGCUUGCGGCAGACUCAUGUAUACGACACCCUCGAGAUUUACAAGAACAAAUCAGUCAAGGUCAUGGAACACGGGUAAUGGUUCUCCAGACGCUAUUUGCUUUUCUGUCGACCGACCGGGCAUUCUUAUAGCUGGUGUCGGUAUCUAUGGAGGCGCGGGACCAUAUGAUUAUGAGUUGGAAUUGUUAGAUGAUCAAAAUAACACUGGUAACGAUCCAUCACAUACUCAGCGUUGGAGUAGCUUAGAUUUUACAAGAGGAUCCUUUGGACCGGAUGACUGUAUUAAUGACAUAGUAGAAUUGAAAUUUGACAAACCAGUACUCAUUAAAGAGAAUGUUAAGUAUGCUAUUAGACUGCGGAACCGUGGAGGACGAACUAGUAACGGUGACGGCGGCCUAAGCGUUGUCAAAGGAGCCGAUGGCACAACGUUUACCUUCACGGCUUGUUCUCUAAGUUGUAAUGGCACAACACAAACUAGGGGUCAAAUACCACAUAUUUUAUAUUAUUCAAAUCCGCAAGAUUCCGAUGGACAGCACACGAAUAAAGCCAUGGCGGAAGUGCAAGCGAGAAAGUGUACUCUCGCAAUGACCUCAACCAUCAUUCAACGGUCGAAUGAAAUUUUUUCUUUGGCAAGGGAAAGAGCAGAAGAAGUAAUAGCUAAUGAAGUCCUUGGUAACGCGACUUUUGUAACGACUCUUUUACCGCUAGUAAUGGCACACAUUAGUCCCUUAGCUACAUCAGAUCCUAGAAGCAGUGUACAAAUACUCACGCUAAUACAAGAGAUGUUGCCACAUGUUGCAGCUUUAAACUUAAUGUCCACAAUGGGAACUUCUCAAAUAUCCCAAGAUAGUGAAACUCAAUCACACUUUGCUUCUCCAGUUACCACUAGUCAUCAUUAUACUUGGUUAGAAAGCGAACAUCCGUAUAAACCGGCGGCAGUAUCGUAUUACAAAGUCACUUUUCCGGAAACAGUAAAGUGGCUAACUGUCGAAUUUACUCCAGAAUGUGGCACUUCACAACCGGAAGAUUAUCUACAACUUUAUAUACCAAAUAUAAUUCCGAACUCCUCCACAGGGACAGUUCUGAAUGUGGGCGAAGAUGCUCCUCUGUAUUGGCCAGUAUUACAUAAGUUGAGUAAUGUUCAAAGUCAGUGGCCGCAAAAUGCUGUUGUGUUGCCAGGAAAUGAAGUGAUAUUUUCCUUGGAAACUGCAUCUGAUUACAUGAAGAAUGAGAGCUCAAUUACAUACGGGUUCAAAUGCUUAGUUAUUGGUUAUGAUUGGAUAACGUCUGGCCAUGGUCUAAAGAAUUUGGAAAUUGAAUUGUCCUUUCUUGGAGGAGCAUGCGCUGCGAGUCUCAUGAAGAAGAAUUUAUCAUUGCCCCCAGUUUCUUCGGAAGAGAUUGAAGAAGAUUUGGAGUCAAUGCAGGAAACGGCAAAGAGGAUUUUCUCCGUACAUUCGGCAUUACUUGGACGAGGAUUCGCACUCGCGUCGCCACCUACAGUUUCGCAGGCUCUCGACGGCGUGCUUCCAUACAGUUGCCACUCGAACGAACGUUUAUUCCUGCGCGAUUUCGUCUCCUGCUCGGCCGGCACCAGCGGUGGCAGACUCGCGCGAUGGCUGCAACCGGACAGCUUCGUGGAUCCCUCUCAAUGCGAGGCGCUAUAUUCACGGGAAGAGAUGAGAUGCGGAUGGCCGGCCAUCGUCACCGUGCUCACGAGGGAUCAAUACGGCGAGGUGGUGCACGUGCCCGGAUUGAAGAUCGAGGUCAAAGCGGUGCCGAUUGAUAAGACCGACAUCACGGAUUCCGAUCAAAGCAGAAAGAUCCGUCGCGUCUCUCAACCGGAUCCCAUGACAUUCGGUGGUCAUCCGCAACCGUCCUUGGACGUUCCGUACGAGGUGACCAUCAACAACAAGAUGUGCUUCUACGCCAUCACCAUCAUGAAGGCCUAUCAGAAUUACUCGUUCGAAGAACUGAGAUUCAUGUCGCCCGCCGUGAAGAGAUCGAGCGAGAGUAUGCUGGUCAGGCCUAACGGCGACGGAAGCUACAGCGCUACGUGGACACCAUCCUCCGUCGGCUGGUACUCGCUGAUGAUCACGGUGGACGGUUACAAUAUGGAGGAUAAUUACAAAGUCGAGGUGAAGGAACCUCCGCAGGGCAUGCAACCACCCACUCAGAACAUUGUUAAAAAGCCUCAGCUUCAGCCGAGCAGACUCAGAAAAUUCGUGGCGAAGAAUAGCGCCGGCUUGAGAAUACGAGCCCAUCCGUCGCUGCAAAGCGAACAGAUCGGAUUCGUCUCGGUUAACGAUACUAUAGCUUUCGUUGAUGAGAUUCAUAACGACGAUGGUGUCUGGCUGCGGUUAAACGCCGAGACAAUCAAGGAAUACUGUAAUAGAAGUCAUCUUGAGGCUUGGUGCUUGCAAUACAAUCAACAUUUAGGAAAAACUCUGCUUCUCCCUGUGGAAGAGCCAAAAUCUAUUUUAGAUCAGGUUAUCAAGGAGACUAUUCUUCGGAAGCGUCCUGACACUAGCGAUGAAAAGAGAAAGACGGUGACUUUCGACGCCGGAAGAAGUAUGAUAGUCGUGAAAUGCGGUGCUUCCGGACACAACAUUAGAAGCAAGCCGAGCUUGAAAGGCGCGCCGAUCGGAAUGCUAGCGCUUGGAAAUACAGUGACCGUUCAAGAAUAUUGUGUAAAUCAUGAAGGAACUUGGGUGCGCAUCGAUGACGACUCGGUGGCGAAAUAUUGCUUCGAGAAGGGUCGAGGCCUAGAGGCAUGGUCGCUCGCGAUUAACAAACAAACCAGCGUGAUUUACAUGAAACUGGAACAGGAUUUAGAUCCGCUCGAGAAAAAGCCGAUGAUACCAGACCCGAUCGUUUCACCGGGCAAUAAAGGUUUCGAUUUUUCUGUGCCUUCCGUUAGUCACGAAGGCUUUAACUUCACUGCGCAAAACUACACACCGGAUACGGCGGCGGAAUCCAUUGACAGUUGCAAUACAAAUCCAUUUGUUUUUGGCUCCUACAAUCAACAUGACUCGCCAGGGAGUGAACGCUUCACACCAGAAAAAGCUGAUGGUACUCCGAAGUUCUCGAAACCUCAUUCCAAGGAAAGAGUAGCCAAGGAGCGGGAAAGAGAGGGUGGCGGAGGAAAAUUUAGCGUUCUUCAAAAAUGGCUACGAGGGGAUGAUAAAUGUCAUGGAGAGAAGAAAAGUUCUCCGGGCAGAGAUUUCUCUGAAUUUGUGGGCGUAUCUGUGAAGGAGUUGGUAAAAGCUAUGGGGGAGAGCCGUGCAAAUGGCAACGGAGCGACACCGCCGGAAACCCCGCGGCGAAUGUCAAGAAGUUCUUCGCCAAAGAAUCCCCAAGGUGGGUCACCAAGAUUUCACAGCCCUUCUUCCAGUCCAGUCCCAAUACCCGUGUCAGGAGGGAUGGUUGACAGCAUAACGUCGCAACGUCGUGGCUCGACGCAGAGCGACACAAGUGCCUUGGUUAGCAGCCUGACGAGAGAUCCAUCACAGUCACCGAGCGGUAUUAGCACUACUGCCAAUACGCGUGAUCUAUCACCGAGUCCAAGUUGCAGUUCUUUACACAUGAGAUCUGAGGGUAGCAUAGCUAGUCCGCCCGACACUCCCAAGAAGGAAUGUGCCGAUUCGCAAGAAAGUCCGCGCAAAGUAUCUCAAGCGCAAACGCAGACAAGCCCCGAGAGCGCUACCACGGCUAUGAAGGGCCACUUCAACAUCGGUUCGUCCGGCGUAAAGGACGAGCGGCACUCGCCGAAGAUGAACAGGAGAGAUCACAUAAAAGCCGUGAAAACGAGAGCGAAGCGCGCCAUGUCACCCGCCAACGCGCAGCAGAGCCCCAGUCCUAAUCGUGCUCUAAAUUUAUGUAAAGACAAGGUGAAAGAAGCGAUCAGUCCUUCCGUAGCGGAGUGCCUGAGAGCUGUUUUCGCCGCGUUCUUGUGGCACGAAGGAAUCGUACACGACGCCAUGGCUUGCGCGAGUUUUCUCAAGUUCCACCCGAGCUUACCGAAACAGGGUGCGCUGGUCGUAACCAGACAAACGGUGGUGCAAUCCAGCGACAAGCAGCAACAGGAGCAAAAGGCACGUCAAAGACACUCCGUCGAGGUGACGAACGCCGGUAAUUAUUUGCACAUUCAGCCCAGCACGUUGGAGACUCUCACGCGUUCGGCCGCGAACGCUAAUGCCAAUAGGAAUAGGAAAAAGCAGGAGAACACGAUCAAAGAGGAGAUUCAGGCGAAUGCGGGCAAGCUCAGUUCUCUGCCUGAGUUUCAUACGGUCGCGGUACUACCACCGGCGUUAAAGAGCCUAGUUUUUCUGUGGGAAGAACUCAGUACCAAUUGCCUGCAAGCCAUCGAACAGCAAUCGAUCCUGCCUAGUCCCAUAUCGCAGAUACAAACGAUGAAGCUGGCGAAACGACCGAUACCGGAGAAACGUCCCAGGGAGGAUAAAGUGAAGGAACGCGAGAAGAAAGGCAGCCGGAAGAAGAAGGAGUGGAAGCCGUUAGGCAGACCGAACGCGUCUGAGGUUUUAGAGGCUUUAGCGGGAAUUGAACGCGAGACCAUCUGCGAGCUUUGCGGCUCGAUGUUCCCACAUCCAGUCACUUAUCAUAUGAAGAUGAUGCAUCCUGGCUGUGGCUGGCACGCGGGCGGAAAAGGAUACAACAGCGGCGGAAACUAUUGCGUGGGAUGGGCAGGCAACUGCGGCGAUGGCGGGGUCGGCGGUAGCUCGUGGUACUUAAUCUGCGACACGUGCAGAGAUAAAUAUCUGAAGGCCAGAAAGAGUAAGUUCGCGAAGAAAUUCGUGAGCGGGAUUUCCAAGAGAAAGAACGGCAAGGUUCUGUCGCCGAUUAACAGCCCCAGCGGAAACGAAACUCAUAUAAUUAUGAAAAACAACGCGAUGUUUCUGCUGGAUCUGGCUAGUGCGUCUGGCUUUAAUAUCCCUAAACAGCAGAGACGACCGUCGCAGACUUUAUCGUCCGUGGCUGAGAAUUAUAGCCCUCCCGAGGCCACCGGACCAUUUCCACCUACUGGACCAUUCCAAUGUUUGCAAGCCUUAGGUGUUCAUCACUCGCAGAGUCAUGACGAAAGAUAUUACGAAGAAACUCUGAGACGUGAAAAUGGACAGCAAAACAAUUACGAGGGAAACAGCGGCACGUUCAACAACACGAGUGGCAGGCCAUUGUCGGAAUAUCCGACGAGUGAUAGUGAUAAUGAAGGCGGUAAAAAUCGUAGUACUUUUCAUAGAUCGGUGUCUAUGUCUACCGGUGCACCUUGGGCCAGAAACAGUAACGACGGCAGAGUCGUUAUGAUGAGGAAACGAAAUAACAGCAGUAGCGAAAUGAAUAACGAAGCGGGUUCUUCGCUUUUAUGUUACCCAUCCGCUGCACUGCAGAAACUAGUGCCAUCGAUGGAUCAAUCCGCUAUAGUAUCUACUAGUCAAAUCGAAGUAGCGAGUAACGAUCGAAUAGAGAUCCUCAUGAGACCCGUGAUGCUGUUCGUUCUUCAGCAGCAUAAUUUGCAGCAUCUGCAGCUUGCGAUGAAGCAAGCGUUGCGCCGUGCCGCUUGUCGAGUUUAUGCCAUGCAGGCGUUAAAUUGGCUUUUGAGAAGCGUAACGCAGCCAAUUUGUUUGCACGACUUACUCUGGUGGUUCGUCUCGUCUCUUACGCCGGUUGUCGCCUCCGACAAUACGGAUGCGAACGACGAUGAUAACAGAACGGAAAAGAAGGAAGAUCAUGAUAUGAUUGGUGUCAGCGAACAUCCUUUAAGUGAUUUAGUAAUAGCCGGAGAAUCCGUCAAUCCAUUACCUACGGUGUUUCACACUUUGCUGCAAACAAUUGCGGAUUUAAUGCUAUUACCGCCGCUUGGAUCUCCGUUGCAACAAGCCGCGAUUCGAUGCUGGGGUAUUCGAUUUACACCAGCGGAUCACAUGUUCCUACAUAGAAGUCACGUAUUUAGUAACAUCAGUAAGAUCCUUUCGCGUUCCGAGGAAGAGGAAGAUGUAACGAUGAGCAUGCACGAGAGCCACCAAUCGACAGCUUCGCAACAAAUAAGCAGUUGGGUGGAAUCUUUGAAGGAUUUAACAUCCAGCAUCGAGAUCAAAGCCUCUAGUAGACCAGCCAUGAUUGGUAGUCUAACGGACAAUUCGACAGAAACAUUUUGGGAAUCUGGGGACGAAGAUCGUAAUAAAACUAAAGUGAUUACAAUCCUCUGUGGCGCUCAUUCCUUACCCAGAAUGUUAUACGUACACAUCGAUAAUUGCCGCGAUUUAACACACAAAGUGUCAAGCGUGACUUUCUUAUCUGGCAUCAAUGCUGACGAGAUGGUAAAAUUAAGAUCUGUAGAGAUCGAAAGUAGAUCAGCUGGAUGGAUUAAUUGCCCAAUCACUGAUCAACGCCAUGUAGUCGUGGGUAUGGAACUAAAGGGCCCAGAUAACUCUUUGAGAGUUCGUCAAAUCAGGAUGCUGGGCGAGAUCGAAGGAGGAUCGCUGAAAGUAGGAAAACAGCUAAGCGCACAGACCAUUCAACAAAGAAAUUGCGAGGCAGAAACUUUGAAGGUGUUUCGACUAAUCACAUCUCAGGUAUUUGGAAAACUUAUACAAGGUGAGAAGCAACAGCAGAUGGAACCGACGGAAGGUGCUAAUGAGGAUUUGGAGGACAGUAACGAUCUCCGGGAGCAUAUGGUCGGAAUACUGUUCAGCAGAAGCAAUUUGACGCAUUUGCAGAAACAAGUGUGCACUCAUAUCGUGCAAGCGAUUAGAAAGGAGACGGUACGCCUGCGAGAAGAAUGGGAGACACUUUUGUGUUCGCCGACACCCGCGAAUAGCGUGUUGAGCGACAAUAGUGAUCUCCCGAAGGCGGCCGAUACUUAUUGCUUCGAAAUGCUUUCAAUGGUUCUUGCUCUAAGCGGUAGUUCUGUAGGACAAUAUUAUUUAUCACAUCAGACCGGAUUGUUGAAAGAUCUGUUGAGUUUAUUGCACACCGGAUCGGCAAGAGUGCAACGUCAAGUAACAUCCCUCCUACGGCGGAUAUUGCCCGAAAUCAAACCUGAGACACUAGCGACCGUUAUAAGCGUCGAACGACUGCCGCCUACUGAUUUCAGCAUCGUAUCCGCGGCGAACAGCGGCUUCACUCACGCCUCGGAUUUCGACGAACACUCCGCCGGAAUUCUCGAUGUAUUUUUAAGCUGCAUCGCGAAAGCGUUGACUGUGCAAGUCAAAGUGAAGGGAAAAGAAAACAACGGCAAAGCGCUUCAAACCGUAUCGUUAGCUACCAGUAUCCAUCCGAAAAGUUACGUUGGAACGAGAUGGUGGUUGAGGGGUUGCAUGACGCGUAAGCUGGCUGAAGUGAUAAUUCAACUUUUGAAGGACAUGGCAUCGGGUAAAUUAUCGGAGGAAUGGGCGUCUGUAACGAAAGCGGCUAUAGCGGAAAAUAUCCUAAACUUAACCAGAUUGGACGAGAAGAGUCGCGAUCCCACGGAAUGCCUUCGAUCUCCGACGCUAUGGUUAGCACUCGCUUCAUUGUGCGUUUUGAAUUCGGAACACGUAGAAAGAUUGUCGUCCGGUCAAUGGAGCGGUUCUGAAGGGCAGCCGCUGCCACCAAGGCCAACAUGUAGUAAUCAUGAUGACGACGAAACGACGGCCAUUAUUCAAUGCAACGUUUGUGGCAAUUUGUGCGCGGAAUGCGAUAGAAUUCUUCAUCUUCAUCGAAGAACGCGAACGCAUCUCAGACAAGUGUGUAAGGAGGAGGAGGAAGCGAUACGGGUGGACCUCCACGAAGGUUGUGGUAGAACGAAGCUCUUCUGGAUUUUGGCUUUGGCGGACAGUAGGACGCUGAAGGCACUGGUCGAGUUUCGCGACGGCGCGGCGAGGAAGCCGGUCGGCGCCACUACCGGUAUUUGUCGAUUUUGCGGUACUACGGGGAACACGGGUUUGCUAGCGAUAGGCAACAUUUGCGCCGAUCACGAUUGCCAGGAGCACGCUAAAAACGCGUGUAACAUGGUCCACUCUUGCGGCCACAUUUGCGGGGGUGUUAGGAACGAGCGUACUUGCCUACCUUGCCUCCAUCGUUGUUUACCGGGGACCGAUUUGAAACAGGACGCCGACGAUAUGUGCAUGAUUUGCUUCACCGAGGCCCUGUCUUGCGCGCCGGCGAUCCAGCUGCAGUGCGGCCACGUGUUCCAUCUGCACUGUUGCCGACACGUCCUGAUGAAGCGUUGGGUGGGACCGCGAAUCACGUUCGGCUUCUCUCUGUGCCCGAUCUGUAAAAUACCGAUGGACCAUCCGACGUUAUCCGAACAAUUGGCCAGUGUGAAAGAGCUGUACGAAGACGUGCGAAGGAAGGCGCUGAUGCGAUUGGAAUACGAAGGCUUGCACAAGGCCGAAGGCGCUUUCGCAUCGGGCGGUCGUUAUCAGGAUCCCUCUGCUUACGCGAUGGAACGGUACGCGUAUUACGUGUGUUACAAAUGCCAGAAGGCUUACUACGGCGGCGAGGCACGCUGCGACGCGCAGUUAGGCGGGGAAUCGUUCGACCCGGCUGAACUGGUGUGCGGCGGUUGUAGCGACGUGGCGAGGGCGCAAAUGUGCCCGAAGCACGGGGCGGACUUUCUCGAGUAUAAAUGCCGAUAUUGCUGCUCGGUGGCGGUCUUCUUCUGCUUCGGAACCACGCACUUCUGCAAGCCUUGCCACGAUGACUUCCAACGUGUUACCACUAUCCCGAAGAGCGAGCUGCCUAUGUGUCCUGCCGGUCCUAAGGCUAAGCAACUGGAAGGAGACGAAUGUCCACUACACGUGAAACAUCCAUCGACGGGAGAAGAGUUCGCUCUGGGUUGCGGAAUUUGCCGCAACGCGCACACGUUCUAAGCUUCCAGUGCUGUUUUUGUGAUUUUCAUGAAAUAUUGGAAUUGACGCAGAUUUAUAGUAGAGUAUCAGAAUGAGAAACGCGCAUCGCUUUAAUUCGCGGUGAUAAGUUUGCGAUGCAAGAGGGUAUACCUGUUAAGUAAUGGAUAAGCCGUUUCUAUUGAUAAAUUUAAUUUUUAAUAGCUAUUGACGGCGUAGACAAAAAAAAAGAGCUGCGCGUAAGCUUGUGUAUCAAACUUUCUCAUGCAAAUGAAGAAGCGACUUUGAAUUGUACGUCAUCCACGACAUAACAGAUAUCCAUAUACAAUUAUAUGUCUCUUUAAGUAUUUUAAUUCGUAAAAAUAAUAUAAUUCUCUGCACUAUUUGUAAGAAGUGAUCGUACUGAUAUGGUCUGAUUGAGUAUUUAUAGUACUGAUAAAUAAUACUCAGACGAGAGUUAUUGUACGUAAAGGAAGUGUAUAUUUAAGAAUUACUACUCUAAAUAUCAUUUAAAUAAUAGAAACGGGUGACGAAAAUAUUAGUAAAAGUCAGGUUGUAUGUAAUAUAAUUAUAUAUAUUAUU